AUGAACAUAACUCAGCUGUAUAGUUCGUAUCACGAUCGUUCCGGCGAGCAAAUGGACAACAUCAACUCGUUUGUAGCCCGUGCCCUGAUCCAUGUGGUGCACACCUAUAUACUGAGCGUAACGCCGUCGCUGGUCCUGACCCUUUGCUGUCGGAAUAAUCAUACGUGCACCUUCUACAACGAAAUGAUGAGCAUACUCUUUCGUAGUUGGGGCAUAGCGCCACUCCAAAUUGUGACUGUGGAGCCGAAUACGACGGCGCGCGUGCCCGGACGCAGGCACUACAAUCUCAUAUUCACCGACUCGUAUCAGGCGUUCCUGGAAAUCGAUGUGGUGUCGCAUGCCCGGGACUACGACUACAAUGAGUUCUAUUUUAUAUUCCUGCAGGCGCGCGAUCAUCUUCUGCAGGGCGAGAUGCAGCGCAUUUUCGAGUAUUGCUGGCACCAUUACCUCAUCAAUUGUAAUGUUCAGGUUCAGACGGCGAAGGGGGAAAUACUAGUGUUUACGUACUUUCCCUAUGGCACUACCUAUUGCGGGCAAGUGACCCCGACGCUGGUCAAUCGCUAUAACGGCACCGUCAUGGUCACCCCAGAGCUGUUUCCCAGCAAGCUGCGCAACUUCUAUGGCUGCACACUGCGCGCUGGACUGUGGCAUGUGCCCCCAUUUCUGUAGCUAACCUGGCCGUCCAAUGUUGGGGACAGCGCCACACCGAUUGUGGACGGCGGCUACGAAGGACGUCUGCUAUUGGCACUGGCGGAGAAGCUAAACUUUACUAUUGAAGUGCAGGCACUGGGGCCGGAGCAGACACGCGACAAUCAGCCGGGCGUUGGCGUUCUGACUAUGUUACAGAAUCGCCAAAUAGAUUUGAGCUUGGGCUGUUGGCGCCAAACGGUGGCGCGGGGUCUGGUGGCCACUUCCACCCAGAACUACCAUCAGACACGAGAGAAGUUCGGCGUUUUGGAGGCUAGUUAUAAGAUGACUUCGAUGGACAUACUGCUCUAUCCAUAUCAGACUGUUAUGUGGUUGGGCAUUGGCGGCGUCAUUCUGGUGGCGACUCUGCUCCAACACACCAUUGAUUUUCUGCUGCACGAUAGGAGCAAAAAUCUCUGCCUUGACAUCGAGCUCAUCUUCGUCGGGUUACCCAUGAUCUUGACACCUUGGUCCAGUGCCAAGCGGCUGCACUGCAUUAUGCUAAUGGUGUAUUCGUUGCUGCUACGCACAAUCUAUCAAGGACUGCUCUAUCAUCUGAUACGAACGCAGCAGCUCAGCCGCUUACCGCAGUCCAUUAAUGAGCUGAUCCAGGAUAACUAUACGGUAGUGUUGACAACCACCACGCACGAGGGACUGCUGCAGAUUCCAUAUGUGCAGCACAUGAAUUUCUUGGUGGUGAGUCCAACGACCGAGACUGCCUCAUUGGAGUAUUUGGCGGGGCGGCGACAUGAACGAGGAUUUGUUGUAGCCGCUCCGCGGGAUGUGUUCAUUUAUUAUAACCAGGUGAGCCGAAUGCGGGAUGGUGCUGGGGCUGCCCGCUACGAGUUUGUGCCGCAGGAUGUGGUGAACUUGCAGCUGACCAUGUACCUGGACAAGCAUUCCUUCCUCAUCGAUCAACUGAACGAGCAGAUCAUGUGGAUGCGCUCGGGGGGCUUAUUGGCCAUUUGGGAGCAGUGGGAGCUCUCCAACGCCUAUUUGCGAAAGGAGCAGAUGUAUAAAGUAUUUGGACUGAAGGAGCUCCAUGCAAUUUUUGUGUUGGUUGGCAUAGGACUGGCGAUCAGUACUGCGGUAUUCCUGCUAGAGUUCAUGUCCCUGCAUUCGUCGUUCUUGAAGCGACUUUUGCUGAGCAUUUAG